AAGAAGAGCAGCAGCAGCAGCUCUUCCGAGGCGCCUUUCGUAGCGUGUCUCUGUUGGCAGGAGCACGAGACACUCGGCUGCAGUGAAAAAUAUAACAACAUCAACAACAACAAGACGUUUCUCUGCCGUCACACUGCUAUAUAACGGCCUCCAGCGUUCACUGACAGCGACAUGGCGACGUUCAGCUUAAUGCCAGUUUGUGUUAGCUGGCUGGCUAAGUCCUUCAAAGUCUUGUCCUGCACAAGUACUCUGGCAAGGUGUACCAGUGUCCUCCCAGCUACAUACAUCAACCCAGUGAGAUGUCUGACCUCCCAGGCUGGUGACCCUCCAAAAAAACCUCUGAAUGUAUUCAUAAGAUAUGUACAGCAACAGCGGCCAAUCCUGACCAGACAAAACCCAGAAAUGAAAUCAACUGAUAUCCUCAGUAAGAUCGCCCAGCAAUGGAGAGUAAUGAGCCCAGAACAGAAAGAGCCGUUUAUGGAAGCCUAUGUGCGGGACAUGUCGCUGUUUAAGGUAGAGCUAGAGCGCUACUGGGCCGAGAGUACCCCAGAGAUGCGCCAGAAACUAACCCUGGAGAAAAUGGAGAAAAGUGCCAAGAUUGCUGCCCGACGCAAAAAGUUGGAGAAAGGCCGCCUGGGGCAUCCCAAACGUACUCGCUCUGCAGUCAACAUUUACAUGUCAGAACACUUCGAGGACGGCAGAGGAACCACCACAACGGAAAAGAUGGGGUCACUGAUGGAGAACUGGAAGAACAUGCCCAGUCAUGAAAAAGAGGUCUAUUUACAGCUGUCCCAGGACGACCACAUUCGCUACGAGAACGAGAUGAAGUUGUGGGAGGACCACAUGCUGGAGAUUGGACGAUCAGAUCUGAUCCGGAAAACAGUGAGGAAGGCCGCUGCCAUCACAAAGUCAGAGACGUCCAGGAAGACGACAGAAAGGAGCAAAAAUGUGAAAAUAUAAUCUACUGAGGGAAAAGUGUUCAUGACAACUUUAGACAGACAUCCUGAUUCCGGGCCACUAACUUUAACAAGUUCCCAGUUGUCAUAAAUGCUUCUUAGGUCCAACAGCGCAAAGCUUUUCUGUCAUUCAGACAGAUGAUUUUACAGUGAAAAUGACACCAUAUAAACUUGAUGAGGUAGAGUGUGGUUGUUCCAGGAUAAGAAAGUGAGUUACUUGAUGAGAUAUGAGGUGUUCAAGUGAUUAUAGGAGGUACAGAUACUGUCUGCAUUGUUUCAGAAGCCCUGAGUGUAACAACAGUGUACUUGAGGGCAGGUUACUAAUGCCGUCUCCAAAACAACCACUUUUCUAUUUUUGGUGUUUUUUUUAUUUUUGGUGUUUCAUCAUGUAAAGAAUACGUUCUGUUGUAAUUCUCUAUUUGUCUUGUCAACAAAUCCAUGAGAAGACCCCAAACAACAAUGUGUUAGCCCAUCUCUCUGACUUCCUUACUGUCUGUGGCUCUCAGCCCCAGGCCCAUUUGUUCCUACUAAAGAUGUAAAUCUUUAAAAUCAGCUCUCAAUUUGAAAUCAGAGUUGGCGAAAGUACUUGAAAGUGCUUGGAAUUACUGAACAAUAAAGAGGUCCUUAAAGUGCUUGAAUUUAA